UUAAACCCAAAAUAGAAGAGCACAACAAAGCAACAACCAAACUCUUGCAGCAUUCUCCAUCUACAUCUAAUCAUUUAUUUAUAUACUAAUCAAGAUAGAUCUACACCCAUUCUUUUCCUAAUUUUAUAAUACCAAUAACUCUUCCACCAUAAAAUUCAACUCUUCCCAUCUCUAGCAUCGGUUUUGUCGAUUUCAUCAAAACCCUAUAUUCCUCGCUUUUGUGACACCCAAGUGAUUCGCUUGCUUUUAACAUUUAUUCUUGUUAUCUAUUUUUCAACAUGAGACAGAGGAAAUCAGCAAAAUCUGACGCUCAACAGCUAGACCAACAUCAGAAUGGUCACCUGUCUAAAUUCAGAAAAGUUUUCGAUCCCGAAGCUUCUUGGGACAAGGAUCAACUGGGUGAUGUAUUGCAUUGGGCUAGACAAUUGAUGGCCCUUGUUUGUGGGUUAAUAUGGGGUGCCAUUCCUUUAGUUGGUGGUGUCUGGUUUAUGUUGUUUCUUGCACUUUCAACGGGCAUUAUCUAUUGUUAUUAUGCGAUGGUGCUAAAAGUUGAUGAAGAAGAAUUUGGUGGGCAUGGAGCUCUCCUGCAGGAAGGGCUUUUUGCUUCUGUGACACUCUUUCUGCUUUUGUGGACCCUAGUCUACAGUUUGGCUCACUUCUGAUGCCGGCUUCUCAACUUGGUUGCUUUUGCUCUGGCUCUUUUCAACUCAGAACUCAUAUUUUGGGAGAUGCACAAGCUAUUAUUUCUGUUGUUAAGAUGAAGGAACUUCCCACAAUGACAAUGUUGGCUGAUAUUCACGGCCACUUUUUGACUGUGCAAUAUUAUCUUCAGUAUAAUCUGGAACAUGGUAGCUUUACCAUUGCAAAAGAUAGUUUCGUAGCAUGUAUUUGUUCAGCAUUCUUUGCUCUUCUUCAGAGUGCAGACCAUGCUUUUGACCCAAUAAUUAUGUUUGUUUCAUAGCCUUUCUUAGGUAAGUAGGAUUUGUUUUUAUCCUUAUACUCUUGGUAACAAAUUCAGCAGUCUCCUUAUCGCCACCCUUAAAUAACAUGUCCCCCAAUUCCAUCUCAA